AUGUUACUAUUGCUAAUUGGCCUUAUAAUUAUAGCUUUGUACUUCUACGGCACCAGAAAUUACAGUUAUUGGCAGAAAAAAGGCGUGAAGUUUGAGAAGCCAUUGAUCUUCUUUGGAAGUAAUUUAAAACCGUUUAUAGAUAAUGUUAGUGUGUCAGAGCGUUUUGCGGCUCUCUACAGGGAAUACCCAAAUGAAAAAUUCGUCGGGUUCUACGAAGCAAACAAUCCCGCCAUUCUCAUCAGAGACCCUGAACUGAUAAAGCACGUUCUGAUUAACGAUUUCCGUCACUUCCACUUCCGAGGAUUGCACCCGCACAAGACGGUUAUUGAGCCGCUACUCAGGAAUUUGUUCACCGCUGAUGGCGACGUGUGGAAGCUGAUGAGGCAGAAGUUGACGCCGACUUUUUCGAGUGGAAAAUUAAAGGCCAUGUUCCCUUUAAUCGUGGAGAGAACGGAGAAACUAGCGAAAAUUGCCGACAGUAUUGCAGAAACUCAGGAAGAAGUGGAUGUUAGGGAGCUGAUGGCGAGAUACACCACUGAUUUCAUAGGUGCGUGUGGUUUUGGCAUCGAUUCAGCUGCUCUGAACGAGGAGAACUCAGAUUUUAGAAAAUUGGGCAAACGCAUCUUCACUAUUACAAAAAGAGACCAUUUAGUAUCUCUAAUGAAACGAAUGGCCCCAGAGACGUUCAAGCAUCUUCAUUUCUUCGUCCCCGAAGUGGAACACAAGACAGUUUCUAUUGUCAGACAAAUCAUGUCACAGAGAAAUUAUAAGCCUUCUGGAAGGAAUGAUUUCAUUGAUAUGUUGCUGGAAUUAAAACAAAAAGGUAACAUAGUCGGAGAGUCUUUAGACAAAAAAAAUCCAGACGGAACACCCCAGAUUGUGGAGUUAGAGCUGGACGACCAGCUCCUCGCUGCUCAGGUGUUCAUAUUCUUCGCUGCCGGUUUCGAGACUUCUUCAUCAGCCAGCAGUUUUCUUCUACAUAUGCUAGCUUAUCACCCAGAGGUCCAAGAGCGUUGUCAGAAAGAAGUAGAUGAGGUUCUUAAGAAGUAUGACGGGCAAUUAUGUUACGAUGCUAUUAAGGAUAUGAAAUAUUUGGAAAUGUCCUUCAAAGAAAGCAUCCGAAUUUUGCCCUCUCCCGGCUUUUUGAUUCGGAAAACAACUUCCAAGUACACACUCCCUGGAACUAACGUGACUCUAGACAAGGACAUGAUAGUGAUCAUGUCGACAGAAGCCAUGAGCGCUGACGAGCAGUACUUCGAGAACCCCGAGGAGUUCAGGCCAGAGCGGUUCCACCCAGACAACAUCGACAAAAUCAAGAAGUGCACCUUCAUGCCCUUUGGAGAUGGUCCUAGGUCUUGCAUCGGAGAGCGUAUGGGAAUGAUGCAAUCAAUGGCGGGCGUGGCGACUGUGCUACAGAACUUCACGGUGUCGCCUUCACGCUCGACGCUACGCAAGCCCCGCAUCGACCCGAACUCCAUCGUAGUGCAGACCAUCAUCGGGGGACUUCCCCUCGCGAUGAAACGACGACCGAAAGUUGAU